AUGACAUCGGUCCCGCUGUACAGGUGUCCACGCCGCUUUCUUUUCAUUGCUUCCAUUGGCAACCCAGCCCCAUACACAGGGACCAGGCACAGUGCUGGCCAUGUUCUCCUCGACGCCAUACGGUCUCCAUUGCAUGAGCGCAUUGGGCUUAACAACCCUGCUUCCCUGUCCUCAUCCUCAUCACAGUCCAUCUUUUACACCAGCUGGAAAUCACCGUCGCUGAUGAAUGUCUCUGGUCCGCCGGUGCUAGAACAACUCAAGACAUGGCUAGCAGAUCGCCAAAGAUAUUUCAAUUCUACUUUUCAAACUCCUCGACAACAGCUACAGCAACAGCAGCAUAAAAAACAACAACAAAAUCAACCGGCCGAAACAGAAAACAAUACACCACUCCUUAGGCUGCUCAAGGGCUCUCAGACUGCCGAGCCCAUUGAUGUGGACAUACGGGACAUGACUCGGUUCCGAUCCACACUCGUUAUUCUACAUGAUGAGCUAGAGGCCCAACCAGGGAAAGUGAAGGUGCGAAUGGGUGGGCCGGCCCAAUCCAGUCUACGGGGGCAUCGGGGGUUAAUCAGUAUUAUGGAAAGCCUCAGAGGAGCGGGUUUAUUACCGGGCCAGAAGAGUAGCAGCCCGCAAGUUUCAAUACUGCGCCUGGGGAUAGGAAUUGGUCGCCCAGCAAGUCGGGAACGAGAUUCUGUCUCGGACUAUGUGCUUUCCAAGUUAACUCCGAGGGAUUUGAAGGCGUUGCAAGCCGCUGUGCCGGGAGUUGUGGAUUUACUGGUACAAGAGAUGUAUCGAGGUGGGAACGACUAG